AUGGCUGAGUUUGCUGAGAAUGGGUCACUUUCUAAUAUUCUCGCUGAKGGUGAAACUAAAGCUAAAAAGCGAAAAAGGAGCAUCCAAGCUAUCAGAAAGAAACUGGUAUCAAGAGAAUUAGUAGAGAAAAUCUCAAAAAACAAUGAAAGCUCACCUGAAAUAUUGGGUCAAGGAUGUUUUGGAAAAUGUGUCAAGAUGAAAUACAGGGACAUAACUGUGGCAGUAAAGAAGUAUGAGACUUUUGUCACCCCUGCAUCAGUGCUWUUGGAAGCUUCAGUUAUACACAAGUUUGAUCAUCCAGGUAAUUGCAUUACGCUAUCCAAAGCAAAGAAACUAAGUCUUGUGGAAGAGGUACGCCAGUAUAUCUCUGUUUUUACUGACAUUGCUGAUGCAUUGGACUAUGUUCAUGGUAAAGGCUAUUUGCACAAUGAUAUCAAAGGAGACAAUGUUCUUUUAACAAAAGAUUCCAUUUAUCAUGGUGUACUUAUUGAUUUUGGGAAGUCACGCAAAGUGAAACAUGCUAAAAUGUACAAGUUGAAAAGAGAGGAACAAACCAUUUAUCGUAACAAAUAUUGGCAUAUCGCACCAGAGUUAGUACAAGGAAUGUCAGAUGAAGUGGACAUCAUAGCUGCCCUAAAUGURAGAGGGAAUCUACUCAGUGUGCUUUUUAACUUUACUCCCUUCCACAUAGCUUUAAGCUCAUCGACUGCAGGUUGUAGAUUGCUUGGUUCUUUGCCUAGUGAUGGUUCAACUUUUACUCGCCAUAGCAUUGAAAGAACAAAGAGAUAUGGGGAGAAAUUCACCAUUCGUUCCAUCGGUACCAUUGGUCAUGGAUUGAAGGCCUCAUUCUGUCGUUCAAUCUGA